AGGCAAUGGAUAAAACAAACCACUCUGCAGUGUCUGAAUUUGUGUUCCUGGGACUCUCCAAUUCAUGGUCAGCCCAGCUACUCCUUUUCCUCUUCUCCUGUGCAUUCUAUGUGGCUAGUGUGAUGGGAAACUUACUCAUUGUGCUAACUGUGACCUCAGACCCUCGUUUGCAGUCACCUAUGUACUUUCUACUAGCCAAUCUUUCCUUCCUCGACCUGAUAUUUUGCUCUUCCACAGCACCCAAGAUGAUAUAUGACCUUUUCAGAAAGCACAGAACCAUCUCUUUUGGGGGCUGUAUCACUCAGAUUUUCUUCAUCCAUGCAGUUGGGGGCACUGAGAUGGUGCUGCUCAUAGCCAUGGCUUUUGACCGAUACGUUGCCAUAUGUAAGCCUCUACACUACCUGACCAUCAUGAGCCCACAAAGAUGCGUUUUGUUUUUGGUGGCUUCCUGGAUCAUUGGCUUCAUACACUCUGUAGCUCAGUUGACUUUUGUGGUAGACUUGCCCUUCUGUGGCCCUAAUGAAUUAGACAGCUUUUUCUGUGACCUUCCUCGGUUUAUUAAACUUGCCUGCACAGACACCUACACGUUGGGAUUCAUGGUUACUGCCAAUAGUGGGUUUAUUUCUGUGGCCUCUUUUUUGAUUCUGGUCAUUUCUUACAUAUAUAUUUUGGUGACUGUUCAAAAGAAAUCUUUGGGUAGUUUAUCCAAGGCCCUCUCCACUUUGUCAGCGCAUGUCACAGUGGUUGUUUUGUUCUUUGGACCACUAAUUUUCUUCUAUAUUUGGCCAUUUCCAACAUCGCAUCUGGAUAAAUUUCUUGCCAUCUUUGAUGCAGUUAUUACUCCUUUUCUAAAUCCAGCAAUCUACACACUCAGGAAUAAAGAGAUGAAGGUGGCAAUGAAAAGACUAUGCACUCAGUUUAUGAACAAUAGUAAAAUCUCUUAAAUGUAUUGGAGAUACAUAAAACCACA